AUGAGGAAGCCCCCAGCAGUCGGGAACUUCUCCCACACGGAGUUUGUUCUGCUCGGCUUCCCCGGCCUGCGAGAAUCCAGAUCUCUCCUUUUUAUUCCAUUCUUCUGCCUCUACCUGAUCAACUUGGUGGCCAACUGCACUGUGAUCUACAUCAUCCAGGUGGAGGAGAGUUUGCAUAGCCCCAUGUACUUCCUGAUCUUGUUCCUCUCCACCAUUGGACUGUGUGGGGCCAAUGCCGUUCUCCCACAAAUGCUGGUGGGCUUCUUGCUCCAUCCCUACCACAUCUCUCUGCCCAGUUGUUUGCUCCAGAUGUUUUUCAUCUACCUGAUGAUCAUCCUGGACUCCUCCAUCCUUCUCGCCUUGGCUCUGGACAGGUAUGUCGCCAUCUGCAACCCAUUGCGAUACACAGACAUCAUGACCAAGCAUCUCCUGGCCGUGCUGAGCCUGGCGGCCUUCCUGCGAGCCCUGUCUGUGGUCUGCCCCAUGGUCUCUCUGGCCUCCAACCUUCCCUUCUGCCGUUCCAACGUCAUCCGACAUUUUGCUUGUGAGCACAUGGCACUGGUGAGCUUGGCCUGUGGAAGCACAAUUCGGAACAGUCUCAUGGGAAUGGUGAUAGGAGCCUUCAUUAUCGUCUUCGACACGGUCUGUAUCCUGGUGUCGUACGCACUGAUCGUGCACGCCGCCCUGAAGAUCGCUUCAGGCAGCCUCCGGCAGAAAGCCUUCCACACCUGCAGCACCCAGCUGCUGGUGAUGCUCUUCAUGUACUCCUCCUGCCUCUCCUCGUCCAUCGUGUACAGAGUGGGCCGCUCCGUCUCGCAGGACGUCCACAACCUCCUGAGCGCCGUUUACUUGCUGCUCCCGUCCACGAUCAACCCCAUCAUCUACGGCAUCAGAACCCAGGAGAUCAGGCAGCGCGUCCAGAGAUCGCUCUGGAGGAGGCCGGCCGGUCAUGCACAGGUAUCUUUCGUCCGCUGUAACGAAUAA